CCUACAAAAAUAUUUGGUGGGAUCAUAUGUGUUUCAUUUGGUCAUCAAAGCAGGAGCCAUGGCUCUUUUAUGAAAAGCUCAAGCAAAACUCAGAAAAAAUCAGGGAUUUUACUCUCUCAAAGAAAGAGAGAUUUCUACUUUCUCUCUCUUCGUAAAAGGGGAGAUUUUACACUCUCUCUUUACUCUUUGAAAUCAGAGGAUUUUUCUCUAAAUUUUGAGGGGAUUUCUGUCUCUCUCUACUGAGAAAUCUCCAUUUCUUCCUUAUUUUUGCACAUUAGAAAAGCCUUAUCUCCAUUAAUUUUUUUUUUUGGAAACCCAUUUUUCUCUCUCUUUUUUUUUCAUUUUUUAUUCUGGAAUAAAGGUUGAAUAAUGGGGGCAUUAGAUGCAGCCACAAUAGUUCAUGAGGUUUUGGGGAAAAGGGCUCAUGAUGUUGAUAAACCCAUCAUCGAUUACUUCAUCGAUGUUCUCGCUGAUGAAGAUUUUGAUUUCGGUUUGGAAGGAGAGGGUGUUUUCAAUGCGAUCGGUGAGCUCCUGAUCGAUUCUGGAUGCGUUGAUGAUGAAUCAGAGGGGCGAACGGUUUGCAGCAAACUCUGCCAUAAGUUUGGAAAGCAUGGGCUUGCAACAACCAAAGAAGCUGUUCGUAGUCUUGCUACACCUCUGAGAAUGUACGAUGGGUUGAAUGAAGAUGAAGCUCCGAAGAAGCAAAAUGAGGUGCCUGAUGGUCCUGUCUUAACAGAGAGAGACAAAGCAAAGCUUGAAAGAAGAAAGAGGAAAGAGGAACGCCAAAGGGAGGCACAAUUUCAGUUGCAUUUGGCAGAGAUGGAAGCAGCUAAAGCAGGGAUGCCCGUUGUAUGCGUUACCCAUGGAACUGGUGAAGGUGGGCCGACCACAAAGGAUAUUCACAUGGAGAACUUCAAUAUCUCUGUUGGUGGCCGUGAUCUUAUAAAGGAGGGUUCACUGACUUUAUCUUUUGGGAGGCACUAUGGGUUGGUGGGCAGAAAUGGUACAGGGAAAACAACUUUCCUUAGGCAUAUGGCUAUGCAUGCGAUUGAUGGCAUACCUAAAAACUGCCAAAUAUUACACGUGGAACAAGAGGUAGCGGGCGAUGACACGUCGGCCCUGCAGUGUGUGCUCAACUCUGAUAUUGAGAGAGUGCAGCUCUUGGAAGAAGAAGCUCGUCUUCUUUCACAGCAGAGGGAUGCUGAAGCGGAAGCGACAACAAAGGACAAUGGAGCAAUCCAUGGGGAGAAUGGCCGAGAUGCUGUCUCAGAGAGGCUCCAACAAAUUUACAAAAGACUUGAAAUGAUUGAUGCUUACUCUGCCGAAUCUCGCGCAGCUUCCAUUCUUGCGGGGCUAAGUUUCACUCCAGAGAUGCAACGUAAGCCAACUAGAGCUUUUUCUGGUGGUUGGCGAAUGCGAAUUGCUCUUGCCCGUGCCCUGUUUAUUGAACCUGACUUGCUACUUCUUGAUGAGCCUACAAACCAUCUCGAUCUACAUGCCGUUCUAUGGCUGGAGUCAUAUCUUCUGAAGUGGCCAAAAACAUUCAUAGUUGUGUCUCAUGCUAGGGAGUUCCUGAAUACGGUAGUCACAGAUAUUCUGCAUUUGCAUAUGCAAAAAUUGACUGCUUACAAAGGAGAUUAUGAUACAUUUGAGCGGACGAGGGAGGAACAGCUUAAGAAUCAACAAAAGGCCUUCGAGUCGAAUGAACGGAACAAGGCUCAUAUGCAGGCUUUUAUAGAUAAGUUCCGCUAUAAUGCAAAACGAGCAUCUCUUGUCCAAUCGAGAAUUAAGGCACUGGACAGGAUGGGUCAUGUGGAUGCUAUUGUCAACGAUCCAGGUUACAAGUUUGAGUUUCCAACUCCAGAUGAUCGGCCAAGUGCACCAAUAGUAAGCUUCAGUGAUGCGUCAUUUGGCUAUCCUGGGGGCCCUCUCUUGUUUAAGAAUUUGAAUUUCGGUAUAGAUCUUGACAGCCGAAUAGCAAUGGUUGGACCGAAUGGUAUUGGCAAAUCAACCAUACUGAAAUUAAUAUCAGGGGAACUUCAACCAAGCUCUGGCACUGUAUUCCGUUCAGCCAAGGUUCGAAUGGCCGUGUUCAGCCAACACCAUGUUGAUGGGCUUGACUUAUCUUCAAAUCCCUUGUUAUAUAUGAUGCGUUGCUACCCGGGAGUACCCGAGCAAAAGCUCAGGGCUCACUUGGGGUCAUUUGGGGUCACUGGCAAUCUUGCACUUCAACCUAUGUACACAUUGUCAGGGGGUCAAAAGAGCAGGGUUGCAUUCUCAAAGAUAACCUUUAAGAAACCACACAUCAUUUUACUUGAUGAGCCAUCAAAUCACCUGGAUUUGGAUGCUGUUGAAGCACUCAUACAAGGUCUUGUUCUUUUCGAAGGAGGUGUACUUAUGGUUAGCCAUGAUGAGCAUCUGAUAUCUGGAUCCGUGGGUGAGCUGUGGGUUGUGUCUGAGGGCAGGAUCGCUCCUUUUCCUGGGACAUUUCAUGAUUACAAGAAGAUUGUGAAAUCUUCUUAAGUCUUCCAUAAUGCAAGGGUUUCCAGAUUUAUUUUCAGGUAUAUGGGCAUUUGAUCAUUUGCCAGAUUUUCAUUUUCUUCCGGUAGUGGGUCUGUGUGUGUGUUUUUAUACCUUUGGUGAGUUGGGUUCAUCCCUCAUGCUUGAUGUGAUAUGUAGAGCUACAAUUUUACCAUUUUUACAUCCAUGAUUACUGCUUAUAUGCGAUCUUUGAGUUCGUAUCUAAAUGUGAAACUAUCCAUCCCUUCAAUCAGGGGAUUUAUCAAUGGAAAAUUGAGGCAUAAUUCAAUCCA